ACAGCGCUCUCAUUUUUCUCCAUUUUCACGAAGAAGUCAAAGAAGUUCUCAAGCUCAGUCGCCGGGAAAGAUGUCUGGCCGCGGAAAGGGCGGGAAGGGGCUGGGAAAGGGCGGAGCAAAGCGGCACCGGAAGGUUCUGAGGGACAACAUCCAGGGGAUCACGAAGCCGGCCAUCCGCCGCCUGGCGCGCCGUGGAGGAGUGAAGCGGAUCUCCGGUCUCAUCUACGAGGAGACUCGCGGCGUCCUGAAGAUCUUCCUGGAGAACGUGAUCCGCGACGCCGUCACCUACACUGAGCACGCUCGCCGGAAGACCGUCACCGCCAUGGAUGUCGUGUAUGCUCUGAAGCGACAGGGCCGCACUCUGUACGGCUUCGGCGGCUAGGGUUUGCGGUUCUGGAUCUCGUUGAUUGCAUGCAUUUCGGGUUUCUCAUUAGAAUUGAUGUAUAUUUUGGCAAUAUUGUUCUCUGUUAGCGUUUUAUCUCGAAGUUCUUCUCAAUCAAUGCUCUUGUUUCGAUCAAUGAAUUUGGACUUCCGAAAGUGAAUCCGUCUAUUUCCUCUGCUCCUUUUGGUUCUAUUUUCUCUGAAUUUGGACUUCCGAAAGUGAAUAAUCGUUCUUCGUCUGAAGCUCAAAAUUGGGGAAGAUUAUGAAGUAAACAAUUCUAACAUUU